GACAAUUGAUGAUAUACACAGCUCAUCGACAAUCUGUGCAAUUGAUUUAUUUGAAGGAAAAGUACCUUGUUAUUCGAACGGCACAAAUAUGUGACUGUGAUUUUAUACCUACUGUGAAAAUCUAGCUAGUUAGUACAGUCAGAUCCUUUCAAUUUUAUAAUUGUUUAGGUAUAAUAGGUCCUAUUGUAUGAACUUUGUGCCUUUGAUCAAGUGGUGUUGUUGGUAUAUAGAUUUUAUUGUAAGGUAUGAAAUUGUAUGAUUCUUCUGAAUUUUAUCCAUACUUUUUUUAGAAGUAGUUAAAGCUCUAUUUUUGGUGUGUUGUCAUUGCCAUUUUUGAAUCAGAUUUUGCAGUUGAUAAGUGUUAUACUUUUAUAUGAGUUAUAAUUGAGAUUAUAGAUUUAGUUCCACAGGCUUUCUAAAGCUGUUAGGAUUACUCCAGAGUCCUACCUCAAUUGCUAUAGUCAUCUUGGAAUAGGAAUAAUACUACAAUAUUUUCACUUUCAACUAGUGUCUGUGUGGGAUCUCCCAUGGGCUGAGAUUUUCAUCAUCAAUCACAUUAAGUGAGGCCUGAGUUUGAUGUGAAACUGUGACCUUUUUGUUCUUCACCAUUGUAAAUCUCUAAUUUUCUUUCAUCCCCACGAUUUUUUUUUCUUUCUUUUCAUAAUUAUUUUUUUAAUCUUUUAUUAUGUUUCUCUCUCAUUGCAACCACUACAUCCUUAUCCUAGCAUUGAUUUGCUCAUCCCCAUUCCGUCAUUGCAUUGAUAAUCCAAUGUUCUAUGUAAAACAUUUAUUUCUUCACCAUUGAGAUGCAAGCAGCUGUUCUUCUUAUUUGAUUAGAUCUUUGUUCCAACAUAAACCAAGAGAAGGGGAUCAUAUCUCCUUUCUCAACGUAAUCCAAAGAAGUUGAGAUCAUUUUCUCUCAUACAAGAUCAGCUCUGAUGACUUGCAAAUGUCAAUUCUGAAGGUGGUCUCACACUAAUGCUCUCAUUAUGGUUGAGACCACAAAGGAAACAGUCUCACCAAGCUUUCUCCCCUCCAUUUGCAGAAUGACUUUUAAACAAAGAAAAAGCUCAACCUUGUAAUUGCUCUAUUCAAGUGCUCCCGCCUCAUCCAUCUCCCCUUUUGCUCCAACAACAAAUUUAGUAUAUACCUUACUAUAUCAUCUUGUCCUUCCUCUAGCUUAGCUGUAAUUGUUGUUAUAUUGCAAGUAAUGCGAAUUCGAUGUAUCACUUCUUUUUUCCCUAGGCGUGUCCCUGUAAUUUUCCAGAGAACUACCAUUUCGUUGAAAAGGAAAUACUGCAUAUUUUAUUCACUAAAUGUUUCUUUGGUGUUCUGUACGUUGUCCUUGUUCUAGCUUAGCUGUAAAACUGUUAUUAUAUUGUAUGUGACAUGGAUUCCAUGUAUCACUACCGUUUUUUCCCUAGGUGUAUACAUGUAAUUUUCUUGAGGACUACUUUUGUGUUGAAAAGGAAAUACUGCAUCCUUUAUUCACUGAAUGCUAUUUUGGCAUCCUUGUAGAGUACAAAAUGUCUGUAUUAUAUGUUAUCUUACUAGCAUCAAGAUGCCUUUUAUAUUACAGUUUCAUUUCUGGACCUCAAAAAUAUUUUGAUCAAUUUUAUGCAUUCACUGGCUUAUCUCUGCAAGUUGCAGCAUGCCAUGCAGACGGUUAUUUUCAUUACCCAGACCAUGUUGUAUAGUUUUUGGCUUAUUGUUGAGUAUACAUCAUUGCCUGCUUAACAAUGAGCCAAAUGCUCACUGUUGUUUCUAUUUACUCAGAAUUGAGAAUGCUCAUUCAUUAUCUUGGUCACUGCCAUUCAUUACCUUUCCCUUCUGUUGAAGGUUGCUAUACUUGCUUGAGUAUCACAGGAUUAUCAGAUGCGUAUUUUCUAUUUGUUCAUUUAUCCUUUCAAUCCUCUAUGCUUUUAUGCCUCUUUUGAACAACAUUUGUGAACUAGAUUAGCAAUGGUACAUCAUGUUUUAUGCUGGAAUUUGUUUGUCUUUAAUGGAAUACUGGUUCACAGAAUAUUCUUUUGCCAGUUGCGGGACUUGGAGAGAAGAGUUGACAUCCUUGUGGCAACUCCAGAUAGAAUGCUCGAUAUGGGUUUUGAGCUACAAAUUAGGAGAAUUGUGGAGCAAAUGGAUAUGCCUCCACCAGGUCAGCGGCAGACAAUGCUGUUUAGUGCUACAUUUCCAAAGGAGAUACAGAAAGUGUGGUGUGACUUCUAUCUUAGUCGCAACAGAUGUUUCUGCUCGAGGGUUGGAUAUUCCCCAUGUCGCACAUGUUAUCAACUUUGACCUACCUAAUGAUUUGACGACUAUGUGCACCGGAAGAACUGGGAGAGCAGGAAAGACUGGAUUGGCUACUGCAUUUUUCAAUGAGAGCAGUAUAUCCCUGGCUAAGUCAAGGAAGCUAACCAAGAGGUGCCACAAUGGCUUACACAAUAUGCAGUAGCUCAUUGGUGGUGGCAGCGUUGGUGGUAGAAAUUGAUGGUGGACCUCGAUUUGGUGGUCGGGACUUGUGCAAGGAUUCUAAAUUUAGUAGGGGUGGAGGCGAUGAUUAUGGUGGAUAUGGAGUUGGCAGUUAUGGGUCAUCUUCUGGACAAGGUGGUGGGUAUAGCAAUGCAGGUUUUUCUUGCGCUUAGAUUAGUGAAACUGGUUCAAGUUUUGAAAAGACUUGUUUAAAACAAAAAAGAAAAAAAAUGUAUUCUGCUACUUAGCCUGAUCUGACAUGUAUUCGGCUACUUAGAAAAAAAC